UUCUUUCAAAAAAUAAAAUUGAUGAAAUUUCGACGACGGGAAAUACGUCUCCGAAUGACUCCAAGACACCAGUGAAGUUCUCAGUCAAUAGCGAGCGGACCUCCAGUUUCCAGGGUAGCGGCGGGAGCGGCGGCACUUAAGUUCGUCGGCAGGAUGGGCAUCUCCUCCGCCCUAGCCAUAUCUCGUCCUCCUUUCCUCCCUUCUAUUAGCUGUCCGCUUGCGUCUCCACUACGCUUUAAGUGGCUACAGCAGAGGACAUUGUUGGUUUCCUUAAGGUGUUGGUGCGGUCCUUCUCCAAAGCUGAAUUCCGAUUCCGAAACCUCGGACAAGUCAUUUUCCCUAGGUAUGUCUAAAUCCAGUUGGUGCGCAGCUCUCGGAGCUGUAGGGUUCCUCGAGACGGCGUACCUGACCUAUCUUAAGCUUUCUAACUCGGAAGCUUUCUGCGCUAUUGGUGGAGGUGGCUGCAACGAUGUUCUCAACAGCGAGUAUUCAUACGUCUUCGGUGUUCCACUGCCACUUGUUGGCAUGGUUUCAUAUGGGUUAGUUACAUUGCUUUCUGUACAGCAAUCUGGGAAGAAUUUGAUACCAGGAAUUGGUGAAAUUGAUGUUCGUUUUCUUUUACUGGGGAUAACCACAUCAAUGGCAACAGCAAGUGCUUAUUUCUUGUACCUUCUGGGCACAAAAUUACCUGGGACAUCAUGUUCAUAUUGUCUGAUUUCAGUUUUCAUAUCCUUCAGCCUUUUAUUUAUUACUUUGAAGGAUUAUGCUUUGGAAGAGCUCCAAAAAUUUGUCGGUCUGCAGUUAGCCAUUGCUGCUAUUGUCGUUGCUACUUUAAGCAAUUCAUAUACUAUCACAUCGCCUAAAUUGCCUGGGUCAAGUGACAUGAUCCUUGAACCGUAUGAAACAGAGAUUACUGAGCAGUCAACCACUUGGACAAUAGCUUUGGCAAAACACUUACAUUCUAUAGGUGCUAAGAUGUAUGGGGCCUUCUGGUGUUCUCAUUGCGUGGAACAGAAACAGAUGUUCGGACGUGAAGCUGCAAAAAUUCUAGAUUAUAUUGAGUGCUUUCCCGAAGGUGUUGGAAAAGGAAGAAAAAUGGCUCAGGAAUGCACACUUACUGGACUGGAAGGCUUCCCUACCUGGAUUAUAAAAGGAAAGGUUUUAAGUGGGCAGCAGAAUCUUCAAGCUCUUGCAGAUGCAUCUGAGUUUGUGAGUCAAGAUUCUUCCUAUCAGUUGGCCUCGAAGCAAAAUCAGUCCUGAGAAUGCCUCUUUUCCCACCAUAUUUUUUGAGCUCCACCAACCAGCCUUCCAGUUGCUUUAAUUUGGUGCUAAGCCACUGUACAUAUGCCAUGAAGAUGGGGAAGAAUAAUGGAAAAUCAAAUUGGUACCAUGGCUUACAAGUUCUAAAAGAGGUGAUUAUUUAUUUGGUGAGAUUUUUUUCCAUAGGGAUUUUGCCUCUACGAUAUUGAAUCAUUUAUACUUAUAUAUUGCCGUUAGUUUGAGCAAAGGCUUUAUGAUUGAUUAUGAGGAAAACUUUUUUUUUUAAUUUAUU